AUGGUCGUGUUGCUGGGCCUCUUCUUUGAGUCCGCUGACCAACUAAUCGAUGCUCAAUUGUUGCUAUGCCUUGGGUUGUUUUGGUCGGCUGGUACCGGCCAAGGAUCCAGAAGUGGACCUGCCUAUUUCCGUAAUGUUGUUCUACUAGAUGCUACGGGACUGCUGGUUGGACACUUGAUUGAUCUCCAAGCCCAACCGGACGGAGGCAAAAUUAGCUUAUGUGCUCAUCUCGCCUGUGUUAACUCAAAUCUUGGCCCCGUAAGCAGUCUGGAUGUUGUUUACGAUUCAGAGCAGGGCUUUGUACAUGUCAUUGGCACAGCCAUUGUGUCAAGAGGUGAAGAUGGCGAAGGUGGUCUGGAGGAGGAGGUAGAGUUCUUCCAGUUCGGCCUCAGGCUUUCUACCAUUGGUUCUGUUCGUCGUACAGCUCAAUCGACUGUCUGCAUAAUGCAUGUAAAGCCUCCCUGGCCCGUUGUCUUCCCUGAAGAGGCUGCGGUUUUGGCUCUAUUUGGAAAGGAUGGACAAAUGUCAAUUAUUCAGCUGGGUCCAUCCUCCAAUGACACUACCUCCAGCUCGACCUCUUGCGUGUUUCGUGAGCUAGCGCGUAGUCAGUUUGGACCCGCCAACGCUGGCUCCGAGUUUGUAUGGCCCCCAAAGGAAUGCAUCCUCGUGCCGAAUGUUCGUAGGAGUGAUUCGUUGGCAGAGGACAAUGAACAGACUACGCAUCGUCUCUGGAUUCAUGGUAAAUUUCUCGGGACUGAUUUUCGGUAUAAAUCACUUGGUGUAAUGGUGUCACAUUAG